AUGGCUGAUGCAUUAAAGAACACCAUUGCUAAGAGUCUGGAGUGUCCUGUAUGUCUGAAUACCUUCACCGAUCCCAAAAUCUUGUCUUGUUCUCACACCUACUGCAAGGAUUGCCUGGACAACAUCGUGAAAUGCAAUGGUAACGACCAGAUACUCAGAUGCCCUGUCUGCAGAGCAGAAACCCAGGUUUCAAACCAAGAUGUCAGCAAAUUACCGACAAAUCUAGCUUUGAUGUCUCUCAUACAAGACGUGAAGAAUCAAUAUCAGUUUUGCACGAAUUGUGAAUCCGAGAACAAACUCCAAAAUGUUGUCUACUGUCAAGACUGCGGCAAGUAUCUAUGUAUCACUUGCCACAACAAACACUCUCAGCGGCCAGACUGCAUCAGUCAUAAGGUUUUAGCCAUGAGUGAGAUCCUAUCAGGGAAGGUGUCAGUACAUAUGUACCGUAAAUGUAGAAAGCACCCAAAUGAGGAUGAAGAGUGCUUCUGUUCCGACUGCAGGAGAUUUGCCUGCUUCAGGUGUGUUGUCAUGGAGCAUACAAACGAAAGACAUCGGGUCAUCGACGCAGCUGUUUAUAAAAGCAGUCAUAUGAAGGAUAUCGAGGACCUCAAAUCUAAGGCGGACAAGAAAAGCUCUUGCCUUCAGAAAUACGUUGAUUUCAUUGAUGAGCAGAAGGAGCGUGUGAGCAAUGUUCAGAAGCAGUGUACAAAUGAUAUCAACAAAGCAUAUGAAGAAUCGGUCCGGCACUUGACAGAGAAGAAAGAAAUCCUCAUUGAUGAAGUCAAGGAUAAGACUGAAGGAGUAGAGAAAGAACUGGACGAAAUGAAGAAAUCAGCUCAGGUGCACAUCACUCACUUGACCACCAUAGCUGAUGUGGUAACCAACAAGACAAAGAUACCGUUAGAUAUGGAUGCCUUGGCUGCACACGACACUCUAUGUCAAGACUUACAAGAGGUUUUAAAACAAGAAAUUCCUGACUACCAUCAGCCGAGGCAAUCGAGCAAGAAAGGAAACAGUGUAAUUUUUAACAGAAACGUUGGAAUGGAAGAGCUAGAUCUUGGUAAGAUCGUAACCGCAGUUGAAAAGAACAUCGCUUUGCCUACUAAGAAUAGCAUGAGAGUCAUGGUUGGUACCCCUGAAGGUAAGAUGGCAGUGGGAUGUAGUAGUGGUGGCGUGGAGAUCUUCUCUGCUGAUGGUCAGCUCCAACAGACAGUUCUCAAACAUGUUGGGAUUCGUAGAGUAGGGUUCCUCUCUGAUGAUCGGUAUGUUGUACUUGGUGGCGCAAACAAUAUCACACUGUACACAAUAGAGCAAACAAAGUUGAAUGUAAUGUUUGAGACUAUCAGUCCCGAUGAUGGUGGUUUUGCUGGCAUCACGGUAGACGGUGAUGAUCAGAUCUAUGUUAGCUACAGAAAAGCUCAAAAGAUCCAGGUGUUCUCACCAGCAGGUGGGGAGGCGAUCAGGGAGAUAUCAUGUGAUGGAUUUGAACCUGAGCAGAUUACUAGCUAUAAUGAUUACCUGAUCACCAGAUCUCGUUAUACAAUACGAUUGAUUGACAAACAAGGUGUUGUAAAAUACAAAUUAACGGAAUUAGAUGAUUUCCCAUUCGCUGCUGUGUCUCAAGGGGGUGCAAUCCUGAUAGCAAAGUUAAAGUACGACAUAGGUUUGGUCAGCAUUGCUGAGUACACUAACGAGCUGAAGCUUAUCAAGAACCUCGUCGUUGAUUACAAGAUUGAGAAGCCCGAGAGACGGUGGUACUAUCUCCAGCAGUACCUAUCAGGAGAGAUCGCUCUUUGCACUCCUGAUAGACUCUAUAUAUUCCACUAAAAAUAAUGGAUGACUCCUCCAUUUCUUGCACUGUAUGAUAUCACUGUCUUCAGACCAGUAGAGGGGAUGUGCGCGACCAGACAUGUUUUUUUUAGAUAAAAACAGGCAUGUUGAAAAUUUAGAAUAACAUAACAUGUCGUUAAAAAUUGGACCCAUGCCCACCCCCUUUUUCAAAAGCUUCGAACAGGCCUUGUGUUUCUGUGAGUUCAGUAUAUAUGACAUCCAAUGGAAUCAGUUAUAGUUAGAACUAAGUGAAUUGGAAUUAACGUGACUGUUUCAGAAAUUACAUUUCUAGAUCAUAUAGAGUAAUUUGAAAGAUUUAAAUUUUCUAAAAUAUAUAUUUCUGAUGUGUUUGUCUUUUAAGAUUUUGCUGUUGAUGUAGACUCUACCUGUGAAUCUGCCCUUUUGGUAGCUGCUGUAAAUGUAUAAAUGAUGUAGACACACUUUAAUGGUGGUAUUACAGAUUGUUUUACAGUCGGAGAAAACAAUCCUAGUAAUGUACUCUACAUCUACUGCCGUUUAAUACAAUUGAUUUUCUUUUCUUCAUUUACUACAAUGCAUUUUAGAUCACUUUCCGAAUAAUCAUAAUAGAUUUUAUUUCUAACCCAGACCCAUGAAAGGAAAUUAUUUUUUUUCAAAAUAACUUCUUCUUCUUCUUGCAAUUUUUAGAAUUGCGCAAUAAAAAGAUAAGAGUUCUAAAGUCGACCUAUUGUUCGUAUGAUAUAUGUUGUAAAAGUAUUAUCAAAUCGAAUAUCAAAUUAAGUGUUUAUGUUUUAAUUUGAUAGACUGUGAUAUCUUGUUUUCUGUUUUCAAUGUUUACUUUCCGUCUGGCAAAUUACAUGAGAGAAAUGGCAUGGAACUUGUCGGAAGUACCCAAGUAAUUUUUUUCACUUUUUGGAGAUAUUUCGUUUUGUCUGUUUGUUUUUCCAUUUUUUCAGUUUCUGUCCUUAAUAUAUUGUUGAUAAUAUUUGUGUUCUUCCUAUACAAACUCAUUAAAAAAACAAAUUAUUUCAAAAGAAGUAUCACUAAUUGCAAUGAAAG